AUGGCUAAUAGCUCUCUUUCUACUCCGCGCAACUUUCCCACCCAAGGGUUUGAUAUCAUUGAUAGAUCUGAGACUGUAGAGGAGCAGUCUCUUCCUAACUAUGACCCAAAGUUGUUUUAUCCAGUGAGACUUGGAGAGGUGCUCAAUAAUCGGUAUCAGAUCGUAGGCAAGCUAGGCUAUGGAACAAGCUCUACUGUAUGGUUGGGGCGUGACUUCCGGGAACAACGCUACAAAGUUUUAAAGAUCUUCACGACAACUUCACCGGUCAUCGAAGAGAUUAAAGUCUAUGACCAUUUAAACGCUCUUCACUCAGAUCAUGCUGGCCAGUCCUGCAUCCGAAAGCUUUUUGAUCACUUUGAAGUCAAUGGUCCUGAUGGUACUCAUAUGUGCUUGGUACAUCAACCGCUGGGGAUGAACCUCCAUCAGCUUCGCAAACUAUUCCCUGAUCGUGCUCUGAAUAACGUGUUACUAAAAACUACACUCCGGAAUAUCCUCGCUGCAUUGGACUUCCUUCAUUCGGAGGCCCAGGUUAUUCAUACAGACCUGCAACCCAAUAAUAUAAUGCUUGGGAUCAAGGACGACAAGAUCCUAUCCCAGUUCGAAGAAGCCGAGUUUGAAUCGCCCAUCCCUCGUAAGGUCGAAGCACAGCGUACCAUCUAUCUUUCACGACAUCUCGCUAUGUCUUACGGAACCCCCGUACUAUGUGACUUCGGCGAGGCUAGAAUAGGCACAGAAAACCACGCCGAGGACAUCAUGCCAGAUGUGUACAGGGCUCCUGAAGUGAUUCUGCAAAUACCUUGGAAUUACAAGGUCGACAUUUGGAACGUGGGCGUGUUGACUUGGGACCUAUUCGAAGGUCAGCAGCUUUUUCAAGCCCGAGAUGCCCAGGGUCGCCUGGACGAUGCACAGCAUCUUGCGGAAAUGCAAGCUAUCCUGGGACCUACUCCUUUGGACUUUGUUCAACGUGGUGAGAAGCACACCUUAUUCUGGGAUGAAAAUGGUGACUGGAAGUCAGAUAUUUCUGUUCCAACAUACAACCUUGAAACCCUAGAAGAGAAGCUUGAAGGAGAUGACCAGGGCAGGUUUUUGCAAUUCAUGCGAAGGAUGUUGUGCUGGAGUCCAGAUGACCGGGCCACGGCGAAGGAGUUGUUAUUUGACCCAUGGCUGAUGGAGGGGCUGUUUAAGUAA